UUAAAAAGAAUGUUGCAAGCUGAUUGGCGGCACUGUUUAAUCUGAGUUUUCAACUGCUUGGUUGCUAGUUCAAGUUCCUAGUUUCAUCAGUGUGUGACCGCGAAUUGUGCGGAAUAAUUUGGAAAACAAAACAUUUCCCUAGAAUUGUUUGCGCCCGAACCCAGAGCAGUCUUUAAUAUUUAAAAUCGCAGUUUCACUUGCUACUGAGGCUCAGAGCCCCGAGGUCCAUUCAGCGGUUGCCGGAUUUGUGCAGCUUCUAAUCGCCGGUCCGGUCUGGUCUGGUCUGGCGACAUGGUCCUGUCUUUAUCGAUCCAUUGAUUGCACAUGGUCCUGCUCUGACCUCCUGAUCCCAGAGAAGCCGUUUCCAUGGAGACUGUAAGUCCUCCUCCAGCCUUUUUUUUCCUUGUCUCUGGCAGGAAUUUCUCUGGGCAGCAGCUGAUUGUAAAUUCCUGCAGAUACUGGAAGCAUUGCGUGUGAAGUGUUUCCCUCCUCCCCUUUGUUGAGUGUUGUGCUGGAUCCCCAGACUCAGCCUCUCCAUCUCCGCUCCUCUCUCCCUCUCCCUCCCUCGCGCGUGUGUGAGUGUGUCUAUUCCCCCUACCCCCUCCCCUCCCCUCCCCUCCUUUCCCCUCCCUCCAGACCGAGUGCUGCUUACAGUAAUGAACAGGACACACCAGAUCCUCCUGAUCCCCCAGAGGGCGAUCUGACUGACGUGGGAGGCUCCGACCGAGGUUCCUUUCAGCUCCAUCAGGACCUCCAAGAGGAGUGAGUGUGAGUGAGAGAGAGAGAGAGAGAGAGAGAGAGGGAGAGGGAGAGAAGAAAAAAACUCGCGUCUCAUCUCUUCCCCCGAAAGACUCAUCUGAGAAUGCAGAGCAGAAUGGGUGCUAUCCGGCUGUCUGGCUGCUACUGUUUGUUUCUCAUUUUCCUAAACCCACUCAGCACUGCGGCAAGUAAGACAAACCAAGAUGUUGACGAAUGUGUUGAAGGAACAGAUAAUUGUCACAUUGAUGCCAUCUGUCAGAACACCCCCAAGUCAUACAAAUGUAUCUGCAAGUCUGGUUACACAGGAGAUGGCAAACAGUGUGAAGAUAUUGAUGAAUGUGACAACGAAUACAACGGUGGCUGUGUUCAUGAAUGCAUCAAUAUCCCAGGGAAUUACCGCUGCACGUGUUAUGAUGGUUUCAAGUUAGCACAUGAUGGCCAUAACUGCCUUGAUGUGGAUGAGUGUGGAGACAGCAAUGGUGGAUGCCAGCAGAUCUGUGUCAAUAUGAUGGGAAGCUAUGAAUGUCGAUGCCGGGAAGGAUUCUUCCUCAGUGACAACCAGCACACCUGUAUCCUGCGUCCUGAAGAAGGAAUGAACUGCAUGAAUAAAAACCAUGGAUGUGCUCAUAUCUGUCGGGAAACUCCAAAGGGAGGAAUAGCCUGUGAAUGCAGACCUGGAUUUGAACUCACAAAGAACCAAAGGGACUGCAAGUUGACAUGUAACUAUGGAAACGGGGGGUGCCAGCACACGUGUGAUGACACUGAUCAGGGCCCGAAGUGUGGAUGCCACCUGAAAUUUGCCCUGCACUCAGAUGGGAAAACAUGUGUUGAGACCUGUGCUGUGAACAAUGGAGGCUGUGAUAGCACAUGUCAGGAUGCUGCCACGGGUGUCCGCUGUAGUUGUCCGGUGGGAUUCACGUUACAGCCUGACAGGAAGACAUGCAAAGAUAUUGAUGAGUGUCGCCUGCACAAUGGUGGCUGUGACCACGUCUGCAGGAACACUAUUGGAAGCUUUGACUGCAGUUGCAAAAAGGGCUACAAACUGCUGACGAAUGAAAGGACUUGUCAAGAUAUUGAUGAAUGCUCCUUUGAUAGAACAUGUGAUCACAUCUGUGUGAACUCCCCUGGAAGCUUUGAAUGCUUUUGCCACAAGGGUUACACAUUGUACGGACUAACACACUGUGGAGAUAUCGAUGAAUGCAGCAUGAACCAUGGUGGUUGCAAGCAUGGCUGUGUUAACACUCCCGGAAGCUAUCAAUGCUCCUGUCCCAGUGAUGGCUACAGACUUCACUGGAACAAGAAAGACUGCGUGGAGACGGUAAAGUGCCUCCGGGAAUCCAACCCACCUCGAGCUCAACUUUCCUGCAUCAAGAGUGGGAAGAGAGAGACGUGCUCCCUCAGAUGUGCAUCCAAGGCUCACUUUCAAGCAGGUUCUGAUAACAGCUACACAGUGAGCUGUGGCGCUCCAACACGCAGGGCCAGUGCUCAGCAGCGACAAAACACCAGCAACACAGGCUGUGUAGAGGCUCUAGCUCCCCCAGUGAAACAAAGAGCUUCAUUCAAGAUAAAGGAUGCCAAGUGUCACCUUCACCCACGCAUUAAGGGAAAACAGGACAGCGGGCAUCCAGUUAUCACAGGAGGCACCUUCCCUUGUACAGACAACUGCCAAGUUACGUUUGUAAAUCUAAAGUGUGAUUCUUCCAAGAAAGCAAAAGGUCGCCGGACCCGUAACCCUCCAGGCAAAGAAGUGACUCGCAUUACUCUGGACUUUGAAGCAGAAAUAAGAAAGGAAGAUGUAACAGGUAGCUGCAACAUUAACUGCCUGAGACUAAAGAUGGAGAAGAAACUGAAAUCUGCAAUUAAAACCCUGAAGAAAUCAAUUAAUCAGCAACGAUUUCACAUUAACUUCUCUGGGACAGAGUAUGAAGUGGCAAAGAAGUUGGCAAAGGUGCCAGAGAAACAAGAGGCAUGUAACAUUGGGCAGGAAUGGGUUGAUGGGAAGUGUGUCAGCUGCUCGUCAGGAUCCUUUUAUCAUGGUCAACAAGAGAAAUGUGUUCUGUGCCCUGCUGGCACCUACCAGGAGAAAGAUGGGCAGCUGUCAUGUGAUCUCUGUCCUGGGACUGAUGGACAUGGUCCAACUGGAGCACGUAACAUAAGCGCCUGUACAGGUCAAUGCAUCCCAGGACAUUAUUCAGCAGAUGGGUUUCAGCCAUGUCACGUGUGCAGUCGAGGCACAUACCAGUCUGAACUAGGCCGCACACUCUGUUUCCAGUGUGGAGGGGGGUUGAUGACAAAGCACGAAGGAGCUUCGUCCUUCCAGGACUGUGAUACUAAAGUUCAGUGCUCUCCAGGCCAUUAUUACAACACAACUGUUCACCGGUGCAUACGAUGUGCUCUGGGUACCUACCAACCAGAGUUUCGACAGAAUUACUGCAUUGCCUGCCCCGGCAACACCACAACAGAUUUUGAUGGAUCAACUACAGUCAGACAGUGCAAAAAUCGACAGUGUGGUGGUGAGCUGGGGGAAUACACGGGCUACAUUGAAUCUCCCAACUAUCCUGGAAACUACCCAGCAAAUGUGGAGUGUACCUGGAAUAUUAACCCACCUCCCAAAAGAAAAAUCCUGAUAGUGGUCCCCGAAAUAUUCUUACCCAUUGAGGACGACUGUGGGGAUGUUUUGGUCAUGAGAAAAAACUCUUCACCUACAUCUAUCACGACGUAUGAGACCUGCCAGACCUAUGAACGGCCAAUAGCUUUCACUGCAAGAUCCCGCAAGCUAUGGAUCAAUUUCAAAACUAAUGAAGCAAACAGUGCCAAAGGAUUCCAGAUCCCAUAUGUCACCUAUGAUGAGGAUUAUGAACAGCUUGUUGAAGACAUUGUACGAGAUGGUAGAUUAUAUGCUUCAGAAAACCAUCAAGAAAUUUUAAAGGACAAGAAGCUGAUUAAAGCUCUCUUUGAUGUUCUGGCACAUCCACAAAAUUACUUCAAGUACACAGCACAGGAGUCCAAUGAGAUGCUACCAAGAUCUUUUAUCAAACUGCUCCGUUCCAAAGUUUCCAGCUUCUUAAGACCCUACAAAUAGUUGUCAGACCAAAGGCAAUAAGAUGACCAACUGAAUUUUAUUUUUACAGCUUUGUAACCAUAAUAUUUCAUUAUGCUGACUUUUUUGUGGCUUUCUUCAAAAGGAUCCCAGAUCAUACUUCACUGUACAUUAUUUAUAGCUCUCAGUCCAUCAUAACGAAGACUGUUCAUUCCUUAUAUUUAUGUGUACGCUAGUAUAUAUGACUGCUGGGAGCAUAUACAAAACCUGCUCCAUAUGCAAGCAUACUUUAUGCACUAGGACUUUCUGUCUGCAUUGUGUGUGUUUUUUUUUAUCCUGUAUAAGAAAGAAAGUGCAAUGAUUUCUUUUAUCCUGUUGGAUGUUUGAAUGGAAGUUUUUUUUCUACAGAAAAAUGGCAAUAUUUAUAUCUGCAAGGAAGCCUUUCUCGUCUCCACUGCAGUUUAACAUCACCCACAAAUCACAUCAUAAUGUAAAGUGGCAGGAUUGCAAUGUUGCGCAUAUAUAACUUUGGAAUUUAUUUGCACUUGAGAAUUAUAUUUGACCAUGUACAAAAGUUUGGUUUUUGUAUUUUCAUUGUUUUGAUUGAAUUUAAAUUUUCACUUUUUGUUUUUUCCAUUUUUUUUUAGUGCUAGUUUGUCCCAAUUUUUCAUAAUGCUGAAGUUUGUAUCAUUCAACUAUUUGGUAAAUGAAAGGGACUUAAAAAUUUCUAAUAAUUUCAAGUAUAGUUCUGAUGAUGCAAACACUAGCUCUUUUGGCUCUGCCAUGGGUCCAUGGACUAUAUAUUAUCAUUUUAGUGCAAUUUUUAUACUUUUCAAAUAUAUUAAAUAUAUUUCAUGUUUCUAGACAGUUUAUUUGUUUACCUCGACAUCUAUGUUGAGGUACAUCAGGGUAUUGGGGACACCACAAUUUCAAGAUCCUGAAAUAAAACAUGUAUCAUGUAUUAAAAAUAGUGCAUAUAAUGCAUCCUUAGUAAAUGUGUAAAUGUUUAAUUUUUGAAAUUUUGCAUUUAAUGUGUUAAGGUGGAAAGCCGCGAUGUACAUUAGUCAAUCAAUAGAAGCUCUAGUGGAAAGCAGCAAUGGUGAUCCAACAUAACGUUAGUACUUUAGCUGGCACUGUUUCUAAAAUAACCAGAAUCCAUGAGAGGAGACAUACGGUGAGGAAAAACAGUCUAGGUCAUGAGAUAUUUGAAAUGUAUUGUCCUUAAAGUUAUGAUGAGGAGGUGGGAAAGGCUUUGAAGUGCUCAACUAGUACUUUUUUCCCAAAAUCUGGCUAUUUGCUCAUCAAUAGUAACAGUUUGAAUUUUUGGCAACUUAGCAGUUUCCUGAUGCACAAAAGCAGCCCUCAGUCUCACUGAAGCGCAAGUCAUGGAGGGAUCAGAGGUCAACACACCUAGACAGAUGGGGCAAAAAUGCAGGGAAGACCCAAACAUUGUAUUUUGGUCCUACCAAUGUCUGAAGGACUAUAUAUAUCAAUAUUUUGUAUGCCAACAAUUCUGACGCUGCAAUUGGAGUCAUUCUUGAGCAUGUUGAACUUCUGACCUGCCACAAAAAUGUCUGUCUCCUGUAACUUGAUCUAGAUAACUGAUGAAAAGCCCCUGGUGCUUUUAGGAAGUUGGCAAGCUGCCUCGUUAUAGUUUUAAUAGAAGUGGAAAUAACUCUGUACCUAGGUCAUGGGUCAUCUGUAUUUUCUAGCUUAGUGAAGAAGGAAAUGAUUGGAUUUCUUUGUCCCUAAUCCACUGAGGAUUUUGUUUCAAAGUUGUUGCCAGAUCAGAUUUUUCAAUGAAUAAAGUUUUAUACCUGAGUACUGGCUUUGGAUUUAGUAAACUAGCAUUUUGCUAACAUAAGAGUAAAUUAGAUUAAAUAUUUAGAUUUGUUACUUUAAUAUCAAACUCAGCCAAUCAAGCCUACAUCAAUACAUAAUCCAUGAUGAAUGUAGCUUUAUAUUAAACAUGCAAGAUACCUUCCAAAAUAUACAUAGUAUUCUUUGAAUACACUUCAAAUGGUAACUAAAAUAUUAAUCAUAAACCCAAGUUGCAGAACAAUAGACUGAUCUUCUGAGCAUUGCUAAAAUACUUACUAAAAUUUGCUUCUUUUUACAUUAAAAAAAAUUAUAGACCUGCAAUAUUACAUGAAUAUUUGGGGUGUAAGUAUCAAAUUCUUAAUGCUAUUUAAGGUGAUAACUUAUUUAUCAGAUACCAAGAUCAACAGUUGCAAAUUCUCCUCUUUACUGCUGCAUAAUAUUCAUAUUGUCUACACUUCUCUUCAAUUACAGAACUCAAGAUGUAAACUAUAGAGUUCUGUAUAAAUGGUUUUCUCUGCCAUUUGUGAUUUGAGAGCAACAUCAUGUUGUAAUGUCAAGCAUAAUGGAAACUGAAUUGAGCUUAGACCAAAAAUAGCCGUAGGACAAAAAAAAGUUUAUUUUGACUGGACUGGAACCCACAGAUGCCUAAAGUUUAAGAACAUUGUGUCUCAAUAUACUGAACCCACUAGUCAUUGUGUUCAAUAUUUCAUUCUGUUGUCAAGAUUACACUUGUCUUUUAUUUCUUAGUCUCUGGUUGGCUUCUGUUUGGACACAGGUAUAAAUAAUGCUGUACCACCAUAAAUCAGAUAAGGAUAGGAACUGUUAGUGAAGUUCUUUUGUUAACAUAAUUGUAACUUUAGAAUAUACUAAACCAAAGUUUAAUGUACAAAGGUGUGAAUUCAUCUCCUGCUUCAAAUCUAAAAUGAACUUUACAUACUGCGGAGUUUAAAAAUCAAUGUUAAUACAGCCCUUCAGCUGCAAAUUUUAGAUGACUACAGCAAACUAAGUUAGUGGCAUCUCAUCUUUGCUUUUAUAUGUCCUUGCAAAAUGGAUGCAUAGUAAUGCCAUUUGGGUAACAACACUGUUAGCAUGGUCUAUGACAGCAGCAGUUUUUGUGCCUAGAUGUACCCACUGCAGACACUGGCAUGCAGAAGCUACUGACAAAAUUUAGAACAAAUGGUGCCGUUUUUGAAAUGUCUGAGAAGAUCCGAAAUGUAAAUCAGACAUAAUAAGUACGAUUUGAAAAAUGGGACGGACUUUUCUCCACUAUGUUGUACAAUACGAGAACAUCAGUAAGCCAUCUGACCGCUGGAAAUUGCUCUACCAUUCAAUAAGAUUGUGGCUGAUCCAACUUUCCUCAUUUACCUUCUUGCCUUAUCCCCAUAAUUCUUGAUUAACUUAAUAACUUGAAGUCAAUCUUUUUCAGCUUUGCAUUCCUUAUUCUGAGACAAUGCACUCAGGUUCUAGACUCUUCUAACAUUUAUGCUAUCCAGCUUCUAUAAAUCUGGAUGGCUUCUCAUUCUAAAUUUCAAAGAGUAUGGACCCAACCUGUUCAAGCUUUCCUUGUAAAAACAGUCACUCCAUUACAAAUGUGUCCUGAAAUCAACAAAACCCAAACAUGAGUACUGAAGCCCUCAUCUUACACCACACUCUUCACCUUCCUCCUCUUCCACUCCCCACUAAUUCCUGUACCGUUUAUUUCUGACUUUACAAAAGGCAAUGAUUUAAAAAAAAUUCCGCCUAAUUUCUGCUUUCCCAUCUCUAAGUCAUGCAGCUUCAUUCUAUCCUGGACAGAAGCAUAAACUUAAUUUAUUAAAAAAUGUUUUUUGAUUUAUAUGCACCUGGGGGAAAUUUUUAAAACUGCUUAAAAAAUAAAUGAGAAAGAGAAAUGCAAAUAUUAUAUGUGAAUCAGCUCAAUUCCAGUGGGUCAAAAGCAGAUAUUGCCAAGCAGGAAAUGGCUAUCUCUCAUUGUGGCAUGUGGCAUGUCCAAUGUUGCAGUUCACACAGUGUUAGUGGCGAAAGUUAUAAGUGCAGAGAAGGUUUACGAGGAUGUUGCCAGGACUUGAGAAAGUGAGUUACAGAGACAGGUUGAAUAGGUUAGGAUUUUAUUCCCUGGAGCAUCGAAGAAUGAGGUGAAAUUUGAUCGAGGUAUAUAAAAUUAUGAUGGGUAUAGAUACAGUGAAUGCAAGCAGGCUUUUUCCACUGAGGCUAGGGGAGAAAAAAAACAGAGGACAUGGGUUAAGGGUGAAGGGGGAAAAUUUUAAAGGGAACAUUAAGGGGGGGCUUCUUCACACAGAGAGUGGUGGGAGUGUGGAAUGAGCUGCCAGAUGAAGUGGUAAACGUGGACUCACUUUUAACAUUUAAGAAAAACUUGGACAGGUACAUGGAUGAGAGGUGUAUGGAGGGAUAUGGUCCAGGUGCAGGUCAGUGGGACUAGGCAGAAAAAUGGUUCAGCACAACUAAGAAGGGCCAAAAGGCCUGUUCCUGUGCUGUAAUGUUCUAUGGUUCUAUCUAUAUCAAGGCCAAUCUUGCUUUUACCACAAUUACUAAGUUCUCUAACAUUAGCUCAAGCAGAUUGCCUAAUUCAUUUACUGUAUGUGGUACAGAUUCACUUGACCAGAAAUUUUAAAUUAUCAUCUGUAUAAACAUGCAAAUUAUUUAAGUGAGUCGAUACUGAGGAGACUGGACUCACAGGUGUUGAACCAGAGCAUUGUUGAGUUCAACUGCAUUGCUAUAACACCUAACAACAUUGUGCAUGUGUUAUCUGGUCACCAGGGUUUUUUUUUCUGAUGGCCCAGACAUGAGAGGUCAAGAGAAUUUUUUUUCACAAGGAAAUUUCUUGGCACAUUGGCUAAACAGAACUUGUCUUCACAAGAGCUGAUGCUGAAUCCUCUACUACUGGAUUAGAGGGUGUUUUUUGCCUUUUACUCUAUGUGGAGUGGUACUUCUUCAUGAGAACCUAAGUUACAUUUUGUAAUACCUUGAAUAGUUUUAAUUCAUUUAAUUCCCUGUGUACAAAAGUCACAACCUGUUUUAGAACUGUGGAUGCUCUUUAUAUUGAUUCAAUAAAAAUGAUG